AUGACUGAGAUCGUGCACCUGUGCAUCGGGAUGUGGCAGUUUGGUUUGCAGGGUGGCUCAGCGUGGAAAGGUCACUGGCUGAGCAGGAUCGGAUUGACUGCCGUUGCUGGCACUUUGCAGUCCGUGGGGGAUACACAGCGCUCAAAGCAGGGACGCUGGCAGGUUGCAAAGCUGCAACGCUUGGCCACUGACGACAACAGCUUGUGCUGCUCAUCGCUGAAGUGGUUUGCAGUUGAUGCUGGCCCCUGUUCGAUAGCCCAGCUAAUGGCCUCGACCCUCCAAAGGCCGCGCUGGCCGGAGGUUGUUAGCCUACCACGUCAGUGA